CCCCGGGUGCCAACCCAUGCUACGCCGCCACUGCCCCACCCCACUGUUUUUAGGGUUCCGUACCUCAAAAGGAAAAAACGGAACCCUUAUAGGAUCACUUUGUUGUCCGUCUGUCUGUCUGUCAAGACCCUUUAUCUCAAGAACGCGUGGACGUAUCAAGCUGAAAUUUACAUGAAAUACUCAGGUCUAUUGUCCCUUUAAGCUGUGAAAAUAUCAAACUUCUAAGCCAAGCCAAUCAAAAGAUACAGCCAAUUAUGUCGAUAUUUUCAACAAAUUUUCGACACUCGCAAAGGAAUCAAAACCUACAGGAUACUUCCCGAAAACUCAGAAUCUUGUUGACAUGAAGCAUUGUCAUAUAAUGCAAAUAUAGGAAAAAUUGCGAAAAUCUAAUUUUUUUAGUUAUAUAAUAUAAUAAAAAUAUUUUAAUAAAAAGAAACUUACUACCUUAUUUUUCACGAACGAAUAAAGGUAUCAAAUUGAAAUUUAUACCAAAUACCUAGAUCUAUUGUCCCUUUAAGCAGUGAAAAAUCAAACUUCUAAGUUAACGCGAUCAAAAGAUACAGCAGUUUAUACCGACACCUUAAACGAAUUUCCGUCACACGCUAGGGAAUCAAAACCUACAAGGUACUUCCCGUGAACUCAGAAUCUUGAAAUUCGGCACGAAGCAACGUUAUAUAGUACAGAUAAAGGAAAAAUUGCGAAAAUGAUAAAUUUGAAGUUACAUAAAAUAUUAAAAUAUUAAUUUUGCUUACAUGACAUAAAAUGUUUUUUUAAUAAUUAUAAACUUAGUACCUAGCCUUUUUCGCAUGAAAGCGUAGAGAUAUUAAAGUUGAAAUUCAUAUCAAACACAUCUUAAAUCUAAUUGCCUCUAAACUGUGAAAAAUUCUAAAUCAACUCAAAAAUUCAAUACGCUGAGGUAGGUACCUACCUAUAAUCAUACCGCAUAUUUUGAAAUUCGCCACUACUCGCAACGGAAUCAAAAUUUAAAGACUACUACGAUAUCUAGUAAGUAAUUUGAUUACGUCAUAAAUUGUAAACCGCUUCGUUUGUACGGCGGAACCCUCGGUGUGCGAGUCCGACUCGCACUUGGCCGGUUUUUUUGACUUGACUUGGGUAAUUUCCGGUGUAAAGGCCAGGCCAGUGGAACUCCGCAACUCGUUCGAGACGCGCACGCGCAGCUCGAUUUCAGUAGCACCGUUCGCGAUCGGUCUAGUAUUUUUGCACGCUCGUCAUUAUAUCUACUCCUUCUGUAUUUAAACUUUUAACGUUUGUAUUGGUAUUGUGACUGUUUACCUGCUCGCUGUGUGGUGAAUAAAUGCAGUGAAAUUGAUAUCGGAUUUCUUUUCGUAUACAUGUACCUGGAGACACAUCUACCAAGAUAACCGAAGAUGUUGCUCCUAAUAUGGGUGACAGUCCUCAUUGCUUCCCUGGUGCUAUACCUGCGAGAUCUACAGGCGCGCUUGGUGCGGCGCCAGCUGAGUCAGCUGCCAGUGGUACCACUUCUGGGACACAUGAGCGGCGUGGUGCUUAGGAAGGAACACGUCACUGCCGCCCUGCGGAGGAGUUACCAAGCCUUCCCUCAGGAUAAAAUCGUGGGUCACUACGAGUUCCUCAACCCCAUGUUGCUGGUGCGAGACCCCGAACUGCUGAAGUGCAUCGCUGUGAAAGACUUCGAGUACUUCGUGGAUCGACGGGCUUUUGGAGACCCCGACGACCCAGUCUUUGGGAGAAAUUUGUUGCUUUUGAAAGGCGACGAAUGGAAAGCGAUGAGAUCGACUCUCAGUCCAGCUUUCACCAGCUCCAAGAUAAAGCUGAUGGUCCCUUUCAUGGUGGAUGUUGCGGUCAAAAUGAAUGAAGAGCUUACGAGAAAAAUUGAAGACACUCAAGAAGGCUACAUCGACAUCGACGUCAAGGAACUGACGUCCCGCUUCGCCAAUGACGUCAUCGCGACGUGCGCCUUCGGGCUGCGCGUCAACUCCAUGUCCAUGGACAACGAGUUCUACAAGAAGGCCCGUGACGUCACCAGCUUCACCUUCUCGAGGUUCAUGAAGGUUAUCGGGUUUAGGUCUUUGCCAAACCUAAUGAAGUUUCUGAAAGUGUCGCUACUGCCGGCUUCCCUCGCCGAGUUCUUCAGCACCGUGGUCCUCGGCUCCAUGAGCCAGCGGGAGAGGCACAGCAUCGUCAGGAACGACAUGAUUCACCUCCUCAUGGAAGCGAAGAAGGGGCGACUGGUUUAUGACAAUAAUGUAACUGAAACUGCUGCUGGAUAUGCAAGUGUUGUGGAUUCAGCUGUUACAAAGAAACAUGCAGUAACUGAUUGGAGCGAUUCAGACUUGGUGUCCCAAGCGGUGUUGUUCCUGAUCGCCGGCUUCGUGACGGUGUCCACCGAGCUGUCCUUCCUGCUGCAUGAACUUGCCGCCAACCCUGAGGUCCAGGACAAACUGGUGGAGGAGAUCAGAGAGAACGAGGCGCAGAACGAAGGACAGUUCAAGUUCGAGUCCAUACAGAAGAUGACGUACUUGGAUAUGGUGGUUUGUGAAACUCUGCGUAUGUGGCCCGCUGCAGCGAUGAUCGACAGGGUGUGCGUGAAGGACUACAACGCUGGGAGACCCAACAAGCACGCCACGGAAGACUUUGUGGUAAAAAAGGACGAAGUUCUUACUAUCCCAGUGUGGUCUUUCCAUCGGGACCCGCAGUACUUCCCAAACCCGGAAAAGUUUGAUCCUGAACGCUUCUCAGUGGAAAAUCGUCACAAAAUCAAACCCUUCACAUACAUGCCAUUUGGAGUCGGCCCUCGAAACUGUAUUGGGUCACGGUUCGCCCUGUGCGAGGUCAAGGUCAUGGUGUACCAGCUGCUGAAGACCCUGGAAGUAUCCUUGUGCAGCAAGAGCUGUGUGCCGGGCCGCCUGGCGGCUGGCAGCCUGGAUAUGAAGAUGAGUGGCGGAUUCUGGCUCAGGAUCAAGAUGCGCCAACGAUAAUAAGCUUAAGGAUUAAGAUAGAAGAGAAUAGAACAAUAGAUAUCGUAUGUAAUGGUUAGUGGUGUACCAUCAUCAUUUCAGCCAGAGGAGACCCUAAGCCAAGACCGAGAACAUGAGCCUCCCCCAAUUCCAUAUUGACCGGUUAGUAUUAUCUGUCUGCCGCUGUGCAACGGAGUGAAGUCCGAUAUUACAAGAAAGUAUAUUUCGUAUUACUCCUACCUCCGAGACGGUAGUAUCUGGGACUACUCAAGUCAUUGGACUCCAAACUGUAGAUCCUGAUUAUACAGGAGUUGCACUCACUGGUGAGAAAGAUAUAUCACGCUAUUUUUCACAACUCUUAGUAUUCUACUUCAAAUACCUCAAACAGAUAUUCUUCCAAUGUAACAAAGCAACCUUCAGUUUAUCAGUAGUUUAAAUUGCGUAAACUUUCUAAAAUGUUAUCAGGAAGUGAUGACCCAUACUUUUUUUGUCUUCUCGUCUCAUUAAAAGAUAACCGAGCAUUAUUAUCUGAAACAUUAUUUUUGGUUUUAUUUAGGUAUGUGUGGUUGUAAUGAUUUAUGUAAACCCCCUUUUAUUGGCAUUAUGUUUAACAUUUAUUGUUUUGAUGUAAGGAAUGCACAAUCAUAAAUAAAUCAAUAUGAGUUAGAAUACCUAUUCUGAUUUAAUGAGCGUACGGAACCACCUACACGACCUAUUUAACAUUCAAAUGACUUCUUAUUGCGAUUGCAUAGAUGAUAGAUAAUUGGUACUAAUAAUAGAUAUAAUUAGAUUCCUCCGCGGCUCUGCGUACAAAAUAUAGGUAUUCGGUACCCUAAGCACGAAAUUAACUCUCGUAAUCGUAUAGUAAUCGUUUUAUCUUAAAAGAUCGCAGCUGCGCUGUUCUGGUUUUCAUACAAAAUAAUCGAUUACCAUUACUAUAACGGGAACGAUAUUUAUUCGUGCUUAGGGUACCUAUUGAUGAUAUUUUAUAGUUAUUAAUUAGAUCUUAUUUACAGUAAAGACAUUAAGAUAAAGGUGUUAAAUUCUAUCAAUGUUGUUAACGUGAUAUUAUUAUUGUAUGAUGGUGGUGGUGGUGAUUGUGAGAAAUAAACGAUAUUAUUAGUGUGA